AUGCUGGAGCAAAAUUAUACACAUUUCCCCAUUGAAGCUACCAAAAAUGCAGCUGCCUUUGGGCCCGGAAAUCAGAGAAGCAUCCAGAGUGUUGGAAUUGCCAUAAAACCAGGAACAGCUGUAGAUGUAGUUGUUCCAUAUGUAGACCAGGUGGAUAUGAUUCUGGUGAUGACAGUUGAGCCUGGGUUUGGAGGACAGAAGUUCAUGGCAGAUAUGAUGCCAAAGGUCAAAUAUUUGAGGGAGAAAUUUCCAGACAUGGAUAUUGAAGUGGAUGGAGGUGUGGGUCCCAGUACGAUUGAUGCUUGCACACAGGUAUGUUCUUUGGAGAUCAUUUAA